GAGGUGCCGAGCUGACAGUAUACAGUCCUUCUAUUGCUAUCUUGUAAAGAACUUUUUUCUCCCUGUCGAGUGCUGAGGGUUGUUAUGAAACGGUUCAAGGAGAUACAGAGUUCCUUCUUCUUCAAGGGAUUUCUGUUCAUCCUACUGGUCGCUCCUUUAGGAUUCUUCUUCACCCCGGAAGCGUUGCCUAGAAUGCCUCAGUUGUCCUACGGGAAAACGGCUCUUGACUUUGGUGGAGACUUUCUGUUCAGUGAGCAGGAACCGUUGCCUUGGUGGGACGGAGGCGACUGCCGUUGCCAUGGCAACACUUGCCUUCCUAAGCAGGUUCGUAACCUUUCGUGGGAGGACGCGGGCGGCGCCUGCGGCCGGAGGGCGUGGUUGGCAGGCGGAGGGCAGAAGGUGAUUAGUUUCGCGCUGUUUGGGAAUAAUUCGCAGUACUGGAGCGCGUUUGGGAAGAACCUCAACGCGACAAGAGUCAUGUACCCUGACUGGGUCGUGUGGCUUUACACUAAUCCUCGCGCCGGAAAAUGGUCCCUCUGCCCACUUCCUGCGUGA